AGUACUGCAUGAUUGUGGGUUGUGUUAUAAAGAUAAACUAACAUUUAUAAUAUUAGUAAGAUUAAUAAAUAAAAUCAUAAGACUAAUCAAAAAUCAUUCUCAGUACCUGUCUCUCCAAACGUGUAUAAAACCAAAAUUACUUGUCACUGGCUCAAUCCGUAAAGCGAGAGCCAUAAACAAACAAUCAAUAGAAUUGAACGAAAUAAAUUAAAUAUAACAAAUAUUUAUUGAGUGGCAAAGGCAUUAUUGUAUAAAAAUAUGGCAACAGGAGUUGAAAAACAAUUUUUCGGACCAUUGACUUUACACCAACAGACUAAAGUUGCAACAAUUUUCAAGACAGAUGAACCGAAACAUUGUACGUGUAUUUUAUGUGACGAAAAAUUUGUUUUACCUGAGUAUGAACAGCAAUUACUUACUCAUUUAUUCGUAUCACACCGUUUAGUGAUAGCUGAUGUUAAUCAAAUACCAGAUUUGUGUGAUUACCUUCUAUAUUGGAGGUUAAGAUUAAAAGAUCAUGAUCUACCAUACUUUUGCACCACAAUGUUGUUGGAUAGCAAACCUGAUGGUACACAAUCAAAGGAUGAAGAAUAUUAUCUAUUAAGUGAUGUACAUCCUGAAGAUAAGGAACUUCGUAGCAAUUUACUGCAAAAAAGACUAGAAAAACUACUAGAAAUACAUGCUUUUGAACGAGAAGACACAAAUUAUGAACGAGAAUGUUUAUUUUGCCGAUGUCAAUCAAACACAACAAGGGCAAGUUAUUUGAAUCAUCUCUUUGAGAAGCAUAACUUUUAUGUUGCUAAACCAGAAAAUUUAAUAUUUGUAGAUGGUCUUAUAGAUCUUAUCGCGUUAAAGCUAAAGAAUCUACAGUGUAUAUAUUGCGAGGGUGUAUUUAAGGAUCGAAUGAUUCUUAAAGAACACAUGAGAAAGAAAGGACAUAAGAGAAUAAAUCCCAAUAACAAAGAAUAUGAUAAAUAUUUCUUAGUAAAUUAUUUAGGUGAUAAACCGAAAACAACAAAUCAAGCAUGCAAGAAACACUAUCAUGAAGUACAAAAAACUAAACAAUGGGCCAACAAAGAAUGUGACCAGGAUUCAGAUGUUGACAGCGAUCCGGAUUGGUCACAAUGGACCGAAGAGAAUGGACCAUUAAUUACUUGCCUUCUCUGUGAUCAUGGGGAAACGGAAUACCAGAGUAUACUUGAUCAUAUGGAACAAAAACAUGAUUUCUCAUUUACAAAAGAAACGGAUGGUUUACUCUUUUAUCAUAAGAUUAAAAUAGUAAAUUUUAUACGUAGGCAGGUAUAUUUGAAGCAAUGCUGGACGUGUGAUACAAAAUUUGAUGAUGCAAAGAAUCUUGAAAAGCAUUUAAAGGAAACAAAACAUUGGCAAUUGCCGGAAAAAAUGUGGGAUCAACCUGAAUUUUAUUUUCCAACAUAUGAAGAUGAUUUAUUUCUUUGCUUCAUUAAUGAUGACAAUGAUAGCUGGUGGUCAAGUGAUGAUGAGGAAGCCACAAAUAAUAUGAUGUCUGAUGAUAUAUCUAGGGAAAUGGCACUAUCUGUUUUAAAUGAUUAAAAAAAGCUUGUAAAAUAUUUAAUCUCAAUCUGCUGUAGAACUGUAAAAUGUUAUUUUGUGCAAUAACACUAAGCAAUAUAGAGGUUGUGUGUUUGUAUCCUAAAUGUUAGUUAAUGAUAAUUGACAUUGACUUCUAAAAGACAAGACAUGUCAAGCUUGCCCAUUCUCCUCUAUUAAAUAUAAAUGAUCAAUAAGAUCUAUGAUUGCUUAUGUCUCGUUUUGUGUAAUUUUUUCAGUCAGUAUGCGUUCAUAAAAUCCUGACAAUUUUACUUAAGCAUUAGUGAGUGAUUGUCAUCUUUACCCCAGCGAAAAGUGACAGAAUUUAUUUAGUACAAUGAUGCCUAUUUGCCUAGUCCAUUUCUCUAUAGUCAAGGCCUUUAUUUCGUGCAGAAACAAACAUUGCUUGUUAACUUAACUUUUCAUAAUAUAUAAAACUUAUA